AUGUCUACCAAUAACUACCAGACACUUUCACAGAAUAAAGCCGAUCGUAUGGGCCCUGGCGGCUCUCGCCGUCCAAGAAAUUCGCAGCAUGCGACCGCCUCCACCCCAUCCGCCUCCUCAUGCAAAGAGCAACAAAAGGAUGUCGAACAUGAAUUUGAUAUUAUAGCAUACAAGACCACAUUUUGGCGUACAUUCUUCUUCUACGCCCUAUCAUUUGGAACUUGCGGAAUAUUCCGACUAUUCCUCCACUGGUUCCCAAAACGUCUGAUUCAGUUCCGUGGAAAACGCUGCUCCGUUGAAAAUGCCGAUUUGGUUCUUGUCGUUGAUAAUCACAAUCGUUACGACAUCUGCAAUGUCUACUAUCGAAAUAAAUCAGGAACUGAUCACACUGUUGUUGCGAAUACCGAUGGAAAUCUAGCAGAGUUAGACGAACUUCGCUGGUUCAAGUAUCGGAAACUCCAGUACACGUGGAUAGAUGGUGAAUGGUCAACUCCUUCUCGAGCGUAUUCUCAUGUGACACCAGAAAAUUUGGCUUCGAGUGCUCCAACUACUGGUCUGAAAGCAGAUGACGUUGCAUUAAGAAGAACAUACUUUGGCCCAAAUGUUAUGCCAGUCAAGCUGAGUCCAUUCUACGAACUUGUCUACAAGGAAGUUCUCUCACCAUUCUACAUCUUCCAAGCAAUCAGUGUAACAGUCUGGUAUAUCGACGACUAUGUCUGGUAUGCAGCACUGAUCAUUGUGAUGUCACUGUAUUCAGUUAUUAUGACACUUCGCCAGACAAGAUCUCAGCAGAGGAGAUUGCAAUCAAUGGUCGUUGAGCACGACGAGGUUCAAGUGAUUCGAGAAAAUGGAAGAGUUUUGACAUUGGACAGUUCGGAAAUAGUCCCUGGAGAUGUUCUGGUGAUACCACCACAAGGAUGCAUGAUGUACUGCGACGCCGUUUUGUUAAAUGGAACUUGCAUUGUCAAUGAGAGUAUGCUUACUGGAGAGUCGAUUCCGAUAACAAAAAGCGCAAUCUCAGACGACGGCCACGAAAAGAUAUUUUCAAUAGACAAACAUGGCAAAAAUAUCAUUUUCAAUGGGACUAAAGUCCUUCAAACGAAAUACUACAAGGGCCAAAAUGUGAAGGCACUGGUUAUUCGAACAGCAUAUUCCACUACAAAAGGACAGUUGAUCCGAGCAAUCAUGUACCCGAAACCUGCCGAUUUCAAGUUUUUCCGCGAAUUGAUGAAGUUCAUUGGAGUUCUUGCUAUCGUCGCCUUCUUUGGAUUCAUGUACACCUCGUUCAUCCUUUUCUACCGUGGGAGUUCAAUUGGAAAAAUUAUCAUUCGGGCGCUCGAUCUCGUAACAAUAGUAGUUCCACCAGCUCUACCAGCCGUCAUGGGAAUUGGUAUCUUCUACGCUCAACGACGCCUUCGUCAGAAGAGCAUUUAUUGCAUAUCACCUACUACCAUAAAUACAUGCGGAGCUAUUGACGUGGUAUGUUUCGACAAAACGGGUACACUAACUGAAGACGGACUUGAUUUUUAUGCUCUACGGGUAGUAAACGACGCAAAAAUCGGGGACAACAUUGUGCAAAUUGCUGCAAAUGACUCUUGCCAGAAUGUUGUUCGAGCGAUCGCGACCUGUCACACACUGUCUAAAAUCAAUAAUGAACUUCAUGGAGAUCCACUUGACGUCAUCAUGUUUGAGCAAACUGGCUAUUCGUUGGAAGAAGAUGACUCUGAAUCACAUGAAUCUAUUGAAUCAAUUCAGCCUAUCCUCAUCCGCCCACCGAAGGACAGUUCUCUUCCAGAUUGCCAAAUCGUCAAGCAGUUCACGUUUAGCUCUGGGCUUCAAAGGCAGUCUGUUAUCGUAACCGAAGAAGAUUCAAUGAAAGCUUAUUGCAAGGGAAGUCCAGAAAUGAUAAUGUCACUAUGCAGACCGGAGACUGUACCUGAGAAUUUCCAUGACAUUGUCGAAGAAUACAGUCAACAUGGUUAUCGUCUAAUUGCUGUAGCCGAGAAGGAACUCGUUGUUGGAUCAGAAGUUCAAAAAACUCCAAGACAAUCGAUUGAAUGCGAUCUCACUCUUAUUGGACUUGUUGCUUUAGAGAAUCGUCUCAAACCAGUGACAACAGAAGUUAUUCAGAAGUUGAAUGAGGCCAAUAUUCGAAGUGUCAUGGUUACUGGAGACAACUUGCUCACAGCGCUUUCCGUAGCACGAGAAUGUGGAAUAAUAGUUCCAAACAAGUCCGCAUACUUGAUAGAACAUGAGAAUGGAGUUGUCGAUAGGCGAGGAAGGACUGUGCUUACUAUCAGAGAAAAAGAAGAUCACCACACAGAAAGACAACCAAAAAUUGUCGAUCUUACCAAAAUGACCAACAAGGACUGUCAAUUUGCCAUCUCGGGAUCAACGUUUUCUGUGGUCACACACGAGUAUCCGGAUCUUCUGGAUCAACUUGUUCUCGUCUGCAACGUCUUUGCAAGAAUGGCACCAGAACAGAAACAACUACUCGUGGAACACCUUCAAGACGUUGGGCAGACGGUCGCUAUGUGUGGCGAUGGAGCUAAUGAUUGUGCUGCUCUGAAAGCAGCUCACGCGGGAAUCUCACUAUCGGAGGCUGAAGCAUCGAUUGCGGCUCCAUUCACCUCGAAGGUUGCUGACAUUCGAUGUGUGAUAACUUUGAUCUCGGAAGGAAGAGCUGCACUCGUCACAUCUUAUUCAGCAUUCUUAUGCAUGGCUGGAUAUUCGCUCACACAAUUCAUAUCGAUCCUUCUUCUGUACUGGAUUGCCACGAGUUAUUCGCAAAUGCAAUUCCUCUUCAUUGACAUCGCAAUCGUCACGAAUCUAGCCUUCCUUUCCUCGAAAACCCGAGCUCACAAAGAACUCGCGAGCACUCCACCUCCUACUUCAAUUUUGUCAACGGCAUCAAUGGUAUCAUUGUUCGGACAGCUUGCAAUUGGAGGAAUGGCCCAAGUUGCAGUGUUUUGCUUGAUCACGAUGCAGUCGUGGUUCAUUCCAUUCAUGCCAACGCAUCAUGAUAAUGACGAAGAUAGAAAGAGUCUUCAGGGAACUGCAAUCUUCUAUGUCUCUCUCUUCCACUACAUUGUCUUGUACUUUGUUUUCGCCGCAGGACCGCCAUACCGAGCAUCCAUUGCAUCCAACAAGGCUUUCUUGAUUAGUAUGAUCGGAGUGACAGUUACAUGCAUAGCAAUUGUUGUUUUCUACGUUACACCUAUCCAGUACUUCCUCGGGUGUCUUCAGAUGCCUCAAGAGUUCCGAUUCAUAAUACUUGCCGUUGCCACAGUGACAGCUGUUAUUUCCAUCAUUUAUGAUCGAUGCGUGGAUUGGAUCUCUGAAAGAUUGAGGGAAAAGAUCCGUCAGAGGCGGAAAGGUGCUUAAAAUUAUGCAACUUCUUUCCCCCCCAUCUCCAUAAUUUUUUUUCACAUUUUUCAUAACCAGCUUUAGAUAUUUUAUUGGUUUUCCCAUUUGUUCUUCCAUUUCCAAAAACUCUAAUUCUCUAUCAAGUUCUAUUUCGAAAUUCUUCUAUCUAUCCUGAUUUUCCUCUCAUUCUCAUAAUCAUAAUUAUGUUAUCAGUUUUACUCCUGUUUUUCUUUUGCGAAUUCCCGAUUCACACACAUUUCCCCGUUUUUCAAACAAAACACUUUUUUUACAUGUAUCCAUUCCAUAAUUCGUCACUGGGUUUUUGAACGUUUUCUCUGUUUUCAUUUUCGGUUCUAUAAAAUUAUUUUCAUAAAAAAUUCAACGAAAUA